AUGGCAGUCAAUCGAAAGGCUGCUGUGUUUGUCGGCGCCCACACUUUGCGGCUUUUGCUCAUCCUUCUGUUUCCUUCUCUACCGGACUUGUUGACGGGGAGAGUGGAAGUGUCAACGCCGGUCACCAGUUUCAAGCGACAUUCAGUCGCUAAUUUGCUUGAUCUAGUCCAGGAAGGCCUGUAUCUCUACCAGCGAAAUGUCUCCCCCUAUGACGGAGGGGUCUUCCAUCAGGCACCUAUCCUUCUUCCACUGUUCUCGCUGUUUCCGAAUAUCGAUCAAUCUCCUCUAGCGACAGCUAUAUUCUUCUCUCUUGUCGAUCUGUUGAACGCGGAGGCAUUGGUUACCAUAUCCGAGUCAGGUCAGGCAGUUUCCGGGCGAUUCUACACAGCGGUGCGGAAGCAUAUCAAAUGGGACGGGGUGUCAAUUGCAGCAUGGUUCCUAUUCAAUCCUUUCACAAUUGCGACCUGCCUCGGUCGGUCUACUGGCGUGUUCACUACGACGGGAAUCCUCUAUGCACUCUCGAACGCCGUCAGCGGGAACAGUCUGAAUUCGAUGUUGUCGCUAGGAUUCGCCUCGUACCUUUCGAUAUAUCCAGCCCUUCUGUUUAUUCCACUCGUUCUUCUCUGCUAUGACCAACGUGCCCAGAAAGCGAGCCCUCCCCCUGGAGUUGCUCUGUUUGUUCUGAAACACCUUGCGAUACUCUUGUUGGCUGUUUCUGGGCUACUUUCAGUCUCCUGGCUGAUUGUCGAUGACUUCUAUGACUUUAUAUCCGCAACAUACGGCUUCCAAUUGCUGGUUCCCGAUCUGACACCAAACGUGGGGCUGUGGUGGUACUUUUUCAUCGAGAUAUUCGACUCAUUCCGGGAGUUCUUCCUCGGCAUUUUCUGGCUUCACCUCGCAUCAUACGUCGGUGGUCUGACUGUACGACUACGCCGACAGCCGCUUUUCGUGAUUACCUCUCUCCUUGGGAUUUUCGCGAUUUUCAAACCUUACCCAAGCAUCUCCGAUGCAUCGCUUUUCUUUGCGCUCCUCCCGCUCUACCGACACCUUUUCCCCUUAAUGCGUUAUACCUUCUUUGCCGUCUCAGCUCUUCUAUAUGCUACUCUCCUGGGCCCUGCAUUCUACCACCUGUGGAUCUAUGCCGGCUCUGGAAACGCGAACUUCUUUUACGCAAUCACCCUGGUACACUAUCUUUGCAGCAUUGCGAGAUGA